AUGGUUCAGAGGAAGAAGACUUGUCUAACAAUCGAGUCUUCUUCCAAUCUCCAACCUGAAACUCGGUUUGGGCAAGAACAUCUCAAGAAUCUUGGACCAGAGAUGAUGAUGAUGAAGAGAACUAAACCUAGGAGGAAGCUUAAAGACAAUCAUGUUUCUUCUCAAUCAGGUAAGUCACAAGAACUACCAAAGCAUGACCUUGUUGUUAAAGUGAUAGGUGGUUCACCUAAUUACAUGAAAGGCACCAGUAGUUCUGAGGCAAGGAAGGAGAACAAGAAAAAAUUUAAUCUUUCUAGGAAUCAGAAGAACCAAACCGGUUCAAAACAUGAUUCUCGUUAUGGAGUUAACAAGGAAAGAAGUUGUAACAAGUCGAGUUCGAGGAACGGUAGAGGUUUGACAAAGGCUCCGAUUUUCAAGAGAUGUUCACAGAGAGCUACUUGUUCUUCAACUCUAAAAGAUUCCAAGUUUCCAGAGUAUUUGAUGCUUAACCAUGGCGAGACUUUUGACCAAGUUAAUGGAACCUCUGUCUUGAAAGUCUGUCCUUACACGUAUUGUUCACUCAACGGUCAUCUUCAUGCAGCGCAGUAUCCUCCUCUGAAAAGCUUCAUAUCGUUGAGGAGACAGAGUUUGAAGUCACAAAAGAGUGUGAAAAUGGAAGCUUCUGAGGAAGAGUUUGUGAAGAUGGAUGAUCUAGAGGAGAAGAAAGAGUUUGAGAAUGGUAAUGGAGGUUCUUGUGAGGUUGAUAUUGAUAGUCAAAUAUCGGAAACUGUUUCUGAAGGAGCACCUCGUUCUGAAACUGAUUCUGAUGAUUACUCUGAUAGUGCUGAGAUGGUGAUUGAGUUAAAAGAAUCUUGUUUGGAGGAGACUUUGGUGGAUGACUCUGAGAAUGAGGUCCAAGAGAAAGCAAACAGAGAUGGAGAUACCUACCUAUUAAAAGAAUCUGACUUGGAGGAGACUUUGGUUGAGGAUUCUAUGAAUCAAGAUGAAGGAAACAGAGAUGGAGAUGCUGAUCACUCUGGUUGCUUUGAUUCUGAAGUUAUUGGUAUAAUCAAGAACUCAGAAGCAGAUAUUGUUAUUGAUGAGACUUUGAUAGAUGACUCUGUGAAAGAUUUCGAAGAUACAACAAACAUAUAUGGGGAUGCUAAUGAAUUUGGUUGCUUUAAUUCUGAAGUUAUCGAUAUGAUGAAGAACACAGAAGCAGAUACUGCAAUCGGGGAGACUUUGGUAGAUGAGUCUAUGAAAGAGAUCCAGGAGAAAGAAAACAAAGAUGAAGAUGCUGAUGAAUCUAGUUGCUUUGUUUCAGAACUUAUCGAUAUGAUAAAGAACUCAGCUGCAAGUGAUGCUAUUGAGGAUAAAGAUGCUACUGGUGAAGAGACACUAAAGGAUAAAGCUGAAGAUUGCAAAGAGGUGUCUAAAGGCCAGACUGAAGUUAUAUUGAUGACAGAAGAAAAUGCAAAGGUUCCAUUUAACCGUACACGAAAACCCUGCAAACAAGAAGAGUCAGGCUCUACCAUUUCAUGGACUAUCAUCAAAUGCAAGAAACCCGUUGCAGAGACCGAGGAUUUAAGAGAAUUUAAUCCAAGAGAACCAAAUUACCUUCCAGCUGUAAUGGAUGAGGAUGCUGAAAAAGUGGACCUCAAGCAUCAAGACAUAGAUGAGAGGAGAAAUUCAGAGGAUUGGAUGUUUGAUUAUGCUCUGCAGCGUGCUGUUAGCAAACUUGCCCCAGCAAGGAAGAGGAAAGUUGCAUUACUCGUAGAGGCAUUUGAAACCGUGCAACCACAUGGUAGAGAACCUGAACAGGUUUUAAGUUAUGGAAGACACCUUCAAGCCUGCAAUUAACGAAGGUCCAGGGAUGAUCCAAGGAAGCCAACUAAAGGAAAGAUGAGUGACCUUUGUUUAUUUACUUACAAGAAUCAAACCCAAGUGUAAACUUUGAUGGUUUAUUUCCUAGUUCUUUGUGUGGUAUUUAUGCUCUUCAAUGUAUUAAUGACUCUGUGUGUGCUUUUGCUUGUGGACUAAUUUCUGGGACAAUCAUAUGCGUUUGUCUAGUUCUAUAUAACUACUUGAAAAUUGUGAAA